GACCUAUGUAUUACAAUGGAUACUAUCACCUAUUCUACCAAUACAAUCCAAAAGGAUCUGUGUGGGGAAACAUUGUAUGGGCUCAUUCAGUAUCAAAGGAUCUUAUAAACUGGGAUGCACUUGAACCUGCUAUUUAUCCAUCCAAACCCUUUGACAAAUAUGGAUGUUGGUCCGGGUCGGCCACCAUAGUUCCGGAUAAGGGACCCAUUAUCCUUUACACCGGAAUUAUUGACGAUAAAAUGACUCAAGUCCAAUGUUAUGCUAUACCCGAAGAUUUAAAUGAUCCGUUUCUUACAAAAUGGGUUAAGCCAGAUGAGCACAAUCCUAUUGCGAUUGCGGAAAAAGGGGUAAAUGCGAGCGCGUUUCGUGACCCAACAACUGCUUGGAAGGAUAAAAAUGGACAUUGGAAAAUAUUGGUUGGUAGUAAAAGAAAACAUAGAGGGAUGGCCUAUUUAUUUAGGAGUAGGGAUUUUAAGAAAUGGGUUCGGUCCAAACACCCGAUCCAUUCGGCGGCUAAAACGGGUAUGUGGGAGUGUCCUGAUUUUUACCCGGUUUUAUUGAAAGGGAAAGAAGGGUUGGAUACAUCAAUUGAAGGUGAUCAUGUUAAACAUGUCUUAAAGAAUAGUCUUGACUUGACUAGAUAUGAGUAUUAUACAUUGGGUAAAUAUUAUAGUGAUGAGGAUAAGUAUGUUCCAAGUAAUACUUCAGAAGAUGGUUGGGGUGGCCUUAGAUAUGACUAUGGUAACUUCUAUGCUUCAAAGUCAUUUUUUGAUCAAAGUAAGAAUCGUAGGAUCCUUUGGGGUUGGGCUAAUGAGUCUGACCCCCAAAAGGAUGAUGUUAAAAAAGGAUGGGCUGGAAUUCAGGCAAUACCAAGAGUUGUGUGGCUUGAUUCUAAUGAGAAACAAUUGGUACAAUGGCCUGUUGAAGAAUUGAAUCAACUCAGAGAUAAGGAAGUUAGUUUGAACAAUAAAAAGCUUGAAAAGGGUGAAUUUGUAGAAGUAGCUGGAAUAACUGCUGCGCAGGCAGAUGUUGAAGUUACUUUCUCAUUUUCAAGCUUGGAAAAAGCAGAGGAAUAUGAUCCAAAGUGGGUAAACGCACAAGAUCUUUGUGCCCUAAAAGGUUCAAAAGUUGAAGGUGGGCUUGGGCCUUUUGGGCUUUUGACUUUGGCUUCAGAAAAUUUUGCAGAGUUCACUCCUGUGUUCUUUAGAGUCUUCAAAGCUCCAAAUAAGCAUGUAGUUCUCUUGUGCUCUGAUGCUAGCAGUUCUUCUUUGAAGAGUGAAAUGUACAAGCCAUCAUUUGGUGGAUUUGUAGAUGUAGAUUUAGCAACAAACAAACUUUCACUUAGGAGUUUGAUUGAUCACUCAGUAGUGGAAACUUUUGGAGAAGGAGGGAAAACAAACAUUUUAUCUAGGGUUUAUCCAGAACUAGCAGUGACACAUCAAGCUCAUUUGUAUGUGUUUAACAAUGGUACUGAACCAAUCACUGUGGAGAAACUUACAGCAUGGAGUAUGAAGUCUGCUAAUAUAAAAAGCAGUUAGAAAGCAAUGUGUUAGGGAAGAAUUUGCUUAGGUGGGUUGGUAAAACUUGCCAUUUGCUUUUAGUAUCUUGUACAGAAAAUUGUUUGGUGGACGCCCAUGUGAGAAUUACUUUUUCUCACUAGUAUAGUCGGGAAUCGAUCCAGAAACUUAUUAUACCAA